GCAACGCGCAGGCGCGGGAUGUGGCGGCGGUUGAGCGGUAGGCUCGUUAUGGCGUCCGUGGCCCACAAGUACUCGGUGCUGCUUCCCACCUACAAUGAGCGGGAGAAUCUGCCGCUGGUCGUGUGGCUGCUGGUGAGGAGCUUCGAGGAGAGUGGGAAUGAGUUCGAAAUUGUAAUUAUAGAUGAUGGAAGCCCAGAUGGGACACAGGAAGUUGCUGAACAGUUAAUAAAGGUUUAUGGAUCAGACAAAAUUCUGUUGAGACCCAGAGCAAAGAAACUUGGAUUGGGAACUGCUUACAUUCAUGGAAUGAAACAUGCCACAGGAAACUUCAUUAUUAUUAUGGAUGCUGAUCUCUCACACCAUCCCAAAUUCAUUCCAGAGUUUAUCAAAACACAGAAAGAAGGAAAUUUUGAUAUUGUGUCUGGAACUCGAUAUAAAGGAAAAGGAGGUGUGCAUGGAUGGGACAUAAAACGAAAAUUGAUCAGCCGAGGUGCCAACUUUUUAACUCAAGUUCUAUUAUGGCCAGGUGCAUCAGACUUAACAGGAAGCUUUAGAUUAUAUAGAAAAGAGGUUCUACAAAAACUGAUGGAGAGAUGCGUUUCGAAAGGAUAUGUUUUCCAAAUGGAAAUGAUUGUCCGGGCCAGACAACUGGGUUACUCUAUUGGAGAGGUUCCUAUAUCAUUUGUGGACCGGGUCUAUGGAGAAUCCAAACUAGGAGGCAAUGAAAUAGUUUCCUUUCUGAAAGGAUUGUUGACUCUAUUUGCCACUACAUAAUAAAGAGAUUCAGUAUUAUUCCAAUAUUUGUAUAGUUGACCAAAUAAUUUAUAUUGGAUAAUGGGGUUUGACAAAAAUUCCUUAUGGCUUUAGAGAACAGAAUAUUUCAAGGUCUCUUCUUUCCUUAUUUGGAUAGACAUUGUCUCUCAGGCAUCAUACUUCUUGUCUGAAAAUGUAAAGCUAAAUUUUUAACUUCCUUUACCAUUUUAGUAAAAAAAAAAAGUGUUAGCAUUUUAAAUAAAAUACAGAUAAUUGUCUGGAAAUAUAUAUGCAGAUUUCUGAAAGCUCUUUGAUAUGGAUACAUUUACAUUACAGAAUGGAUGCAUCUAUACAUGAGGGUUUGCCACUAAAUGAUAGAGCAGUAACACUGCAGGUGAUGAAGUAACUAAUAUGACUAGUAUAAUGAUACCUUCCUGACUGUAUACACUUGUAUACUUUAAAAAAUGGCUGAUAUCGAUAGGUUCCAACUGUGGACUUUUCAGGGGGAAAAAAAAGUCAAAAUGAAUAUACUAAUCCCUAGUUGUGAUUACUGUGGAAUAUAGUUUUGGGCUUUAGGCAUUGGGUUAUCUGCAAUUCAUGGUAAAUACAGAAGAACUAUGGAAACUCCAGAUUCUUUAGUAGAAUCAAAAAUGACCUAUGAAUAGUUUGGUUCUUUUUAAAAAAAAAAUAGACACGCAUGAAUACACUGUAAAGACACCCAUGUACGUAUUCAGAAAUGUUCUUUCUGCAUGGAGGAACAAGCCAUAUUCAAAUCUUCAUGUUUGUAUAUGCAUAAAUAGAAAUAUCAUUAAUGUGUCAUAUAAAUCCUAUUACUAAUGUCAGUUUUGGGGGGUCAUUUGUUUUAAUAUUUUUUUAAUAUUUUACUCAAUCUCCAAAAAUUGACUGGAAGGGAAAAAUUCAAGUAAAAGGAAUACCAAAAUGAUCAAAGGUAGCACAUUUUUCAUAUGUGAAAAAGCUAGAAUGUUGGGAUUUUUUAUUUUACAAAAAUGAAAUGGACAAUUAAUGAAGGACAUAAUCAAAGUUGAUAAAAUUAUGCAUAGUGCAGAGAAGGAAAUACCUCUCAUCUAUUUUAAUAGAUUAGAAUUUAGGAUCAUCCAUGAAAUUAGAUGACAUGUCAGGACAAACAAAAUUUGCUUCUUAAAACACAUAAUGGUAAAACUUAUUGAUGUAGCAUGUGAUCUUUAAAACCUUUCAAAUUCAUGGAGAUGUACUUACAGAUAAUUAUAAAAUAUGUUGUCUAAUUGGAGCCUUAAGAUAUUGAGGCAAUAUCUUUCUGAAUGCUGGUUACUGGGGACUGCAGUUGAUGUCUAUGUCUGUGCAGAAAAUCUAUUGCUUUCAUAGUAUUUAAAAUUGUCCAGGUAGUUACUAUGAUAAAUUGGAUUGUCUUGUUUGGAAAGGUUGAACUUUAAAUGAUGACAUUCUCAUAGAAGCAAAUUAUGUUCUUCAAACCUCUGCUUUUAUCUGAGGUUAAACUGCCUCCCUUUUCCAUUUACUCCUGGUUGUCUUUAGGUUCCCAAAUUACCUUGUACUAAUUAUGUCUUCACAUGUCACAGUUGUUUUUCUUUUUUUAACUACAGGUAAUUUAUUGGGUGAUACUAAUUCUAAAUAAAUUAAUUAUGAAAGACA